AUGGGCAUCUUCAAAGGCGGCGCGUUGCGCCUCUUUCAGACCUUCUUGUACGCUCUGCUAUUUGCAUGUGCUGCAGUUAUUCUCGGCAUCUACAGCUACUUCCUCGCUGUCCUGGCGGAUCGCAACACAGGCAUUGCGACGCGAUGGAAGGCUGUUGAGGGUAUCUCUGGAGUUGCAGUGCUGUACCUCAUCUUUGCAGUGCUCUUGACAUGCUGCCUUGGCGGUAUCUCAUUCCUCGCAUUCCUGGCCAUUGCUCUCGAUGUCGCGUUCGUCGGUGGAAUGAUUGCCAUUGCCAUUCUUACCAGGGACGGUGCAUCAAGCUGCAGUGGCAACGUGAGAACUCCACUGGGCAACGGGCCAGCAUCGACCGAUUCCUCAGGCUACGGUAACUUCGGCGCUGGCGACAACGAGAACCUCACCUACGCAGUCAGCCUGCGCACCGCCUGCAAGCUCAACACCGCCGCAUUCGCCGUCUCCAUCAUCGCCGCCAUCCUCUUCCUGAUCACUGCAGGUCUCCAAGUCGCAUUGGUCCGACACCACAAGAAGGAGAAGCGCUACGGCCCAUCCCCAAAGAACAACUACACCUCCGGCUUCGGCAAGAGGAAGUUCUGGCAGAGAAAGCCAAAGGACACCACCACCCGCGACACCGAGCUCGGCGCUGGUGGCCUCGCCGCCCCAGGACCAGACAUGCGCCCAAGCCACGAGACUGGAUUGACGGGAAGCACCGUUGGCAACACUGGCACCUACGAUAAGGUCGCCCACGAGCCAGCAGGCGCACACACUGGCUACUACACCCAGCCUCAAGGAACUGGCGUUAGCCCAUAUGGUUACGAUGCCCGGACCACCGGCACUGCCACCAACUACUAG